CUCGAGAGUCAUUUUACUACAGUAGGCUAACCUAAUCUUAACUGACGCGCCAUGCCUCGCUAUACAGUUCACAUUCGGGACGAGUGGCUGGCUGUUCCCUGUCGGGACCCCACCUACACCAUCCAAUGGCUGGGCUACGAGGCGCUCAAACGCUACACCAAGAACAAGCCCGACAACGGGGGCAUCAAGGCGGUGAAAGACAUUCGGUUUGUCGCUAGGAGGUGCCAGGGACAGGGGCUGUUGGACGGCGAUGACACCAUAGAGGAUGUCCUCGAGGACAAUGACUUCGUCGAAAUUGCCAUCGAAGGGGAUACCAUGUCUACAGACUUCGUUCCAUACCAGCCUGGAGUUUCACACCUGACAGCUGCAUAUAGAGAAUCAGACAAUUACCUUUUCUUAGACGGCAACAGCCUGACUUCGACAGACCUGGUGAAUUUAGGAAGGGGUCUGUACAAGAUCAAGCUGACCUCAGAGGCAGAGAACGGAGUUGUGAAAUCCAGAGAGCUUCUGGACACCAUCGUCAAGGAGAACAAAGUUGUCUAUGGAAUCACUACAGGAUUUGGUAAAUUUGCCCGGACUGUCAUUCCUGUCCACAAGCUCAAGGAGCUACAGGAAAAUCUGGUGCGAUCACACUCUGCAGGUGUGGGCAACCCACUGAGCCCAGAGAGGACCAGGAUGUUGUUGGCUCUGAGGAUCAAUGUCCUGGCUAAAGGAUACAGUGGAAUCUCCCUGGAAACCCUGCACAGAAUGAUUCAGGCCUUCAAUGCGUCCUGCCUGUCCUUCGUCCCUGAGAAGGGAACAGUUGGUGCCAGCGGAGACCUGGCCCCCCUCUCCCACCUGGCUCUGGGGCUGAUGGGAGAAGGCAAGAUGUGGUCACCCAAGAGUGGAUGGGCCGACGCCAAAUACGUACUGGAGGCUCAUGGACUCAAGCCAAUAUCACUGAAGCCCAAGGAGGGCCUGGCGUUAAUCAAUGGGACCCAGAUGAUCACGUCUCUGGGGGCAGAGGCAGUGGAGAGAGCCCAGGCCAUCGCCAGGCAGGCGGACAUCAUCGCUGCUAUCACCCUGGAGGUGCUGAAGGGGACCUCCAAGGCCUUCGACAGCGAUAUCCACGCCCUGCGGCCCCAUCCAGGACAGAUAGAAGUGGCCAUGAGGUUCCGCGCCCUACUGGACUCAGACCACCACCCCUCGGAGAUCGCAGAGAGCCAUCGGUUCUGUGACAGAGUCCAGGAUGCCUACACCAUGCGCUGCUGUCCUCAGGUCCACGGUAUUGUGAACGACACAAUAGAUUUUACCCAGAAAAUCAUCAACACAGAGAUCAACAGCGCCACCGACAACCCUAUGGUGUUUGCAGAGAGAGGAGAGACCAUCUCAGGAGGAAACUUCCAUGGAGAAUACCCAGCAAAGGCCCUGGACUUCUUGGCUAUAGGUGUCCAUGAGCUGGCAGCCAUCAGUGAGAGGAGGAUUGAGCGUCUGUGUAACCCGUCUCUCAGUGAGCUGCCAGCCUUCCUAGUCAACGAGGGAGGGCUCAACUCUGGAUUCAUGAUCGCACACUGUACAGCCGCUUCCCUGGUUUCAGAGAACAAGGUGCUGUGCCACCCGUCUUCAGUGGACUCCCUGUCCACCAGCGCAGCCACCGAGGACCACGUGUCCAUGGGAGGCUGGGCAGCCAGGAAAGCCCUGAGGGUCGUGGAACAUGUGGAACAAGUCCUAGCAAUCGAGCUGCUAGCUGCCUGCCAGGGCAUUGAGUUCCUCCGCCCCCUGCGUACCACAACACCAUUGGAGAAGGUCUAUGACCUUGUACGCAGCGUAGUCAAGCCCUGGAUCAAGGAUAGGUUCAUGUCUCCAGACAUUGAGGCGGUCCAUCGUCUUCUUCUAGACCAGAAGGUGUGGAACGUGGCUCAGCCAUACAUUGAGAAGUAUAACAUGGAGCUUCUUCCUGAGUCCCGCCCCACCUCUCCUACUGCCUUCUCAUUGGAUCCCCCAGCAUCACCACGGAAACGCAUCCGCCUCGAGUGACAUCAUCAUUAUCAUCUGUCUAAAUGUAUACUUUUUGUCUCCCUGUAUUUCAGACAAAUGUUUUAUUCCUUCCGCAACCCCAGCUGCUUCAAUAAUUAUUGUGUAUUCCAUGCUAGUUUUGAACAAGGAGUUGUCGGAUAACAUUGAUUGAGGCUAGACAGUAGAUCUUAUUCGUCACUGAAACUAGAUAGAGCUUGAUUUAAUGUAUUAAACUUUCUUCACAAAAGCAAUAUGAAAUUAUUUUUUCAAUAAAUGACAAUUUCAUGCCUUA